AAACAGGGCAUCUUGGCGGCAGUGCUAUCAACGGUACUUGGUACAAAAGAUCCAGAACAAGUCAACUCAAUGGCCAAACAAGCUGGAGAGUUUAUACAAAUUGUUAUGAAUUUGUUGGAUGCCUUGAAGACGUCGUUCUCACACCGUUCAUUGUCGGCCAGGUCAAUGGGUAAACGUGAUUCCGUUAGCGAUGCUGCCGUGGCCAGUAUUUCCAUGUUGAAGGGUUAUGUGCGCACCUAUCGCAAUGCCGAUAAUAAGUGUUUGCAGCGUUAUAUGUGUGAGGCCAACACGGAAUGUACCCGGGAGAUUGGAGGCAGCAGCAUUUUCUGUCAAUUGGGAUCCUAUGCCACCAGCUAUCUAUUGGACCGCACAAGUGAUGGCAGUUUUGAACAAAUCUAUGAUGCUGGCCGCAGAGGGCGUUCCGGCUUUGAUUGCUCACAAUUGUAUUUGGAAUGCAAUGAAGUUUAAGUCACACACACUCACACCCACC